AUGGAACAAAAGCCUCGCAUAGCUAUUCUACCAAGUCCAGGUAUGGGGCACCUCAUCCCUUUUGUCGAGCUUGCCAAGCUACUUGUUCUUCAUCACGACUUCCAUGUCACAUGUAUCAUUCCCACAUUUGGGCCUCCGUCCAAAGCCAUGAAAGAAGUCCUCGAAGCCUUGCCCACAAGCAUAGACCAUGUCUUUCUUCCUCCAGUGAGCUUGGAUAACCUCGAAGGCGUAAUGCCUGGAAGCCGAAUUAUUCUCACCAUGAAACGUUCACUCCCAUCUCUCCUUGAUGUGUUAAAGUCACUAGUUGCAACAGCUCGGUUGGCUGCUUUUGUGGUUGAUCUUUUUGGGACUGAGGCACUAGAUGUUGCUAAGGAACUCAACAUCUCACCUUACAUUUUCUUCCCCGCAAAUGCUAUGGUUUUGUCUUUGCUUUUGCAUUUGCCAAAGCUUGACGAGACAGUUUCAUGCGAGUAUAGAGACCUAUCAGAGCCAUUGAAAGUUCUGGGGUGCAUACCUAUUCACGGUAGAGAUCUUAUAGAACCUGCUCAAGAUCGAACAAGUGAGUAUUACAAAGAGAUUUUUCGCAUCGGAAAACAACUCCGAUUAACUGAGGGUAUUAUGGUUAAUACCUUCAUGGAAUUCGAAGGAAGUGCUAUAAAAGCUUUCGAAGAAGAAGUAGGAAAAAUCUCACUUUAUCCAGUUGGACCCAUCAUGCAAAUUGGUUCAAGUAAUCAGGUUGAUAGGUCUGAUUGUUUAAGAUGGUUGGACAAUCAGCCAAGGGAGUCUGUCCUAUUUGUUUGUUUUGGUAGCGGUGGAACUCUCUCUUAUAACCAAAUGACUGAGCUAACCUUAGGAUUGGAAUUGGGUGGCCAAAAGUUCUUAUCAGUGGUAAGAAGUCCAAAUGAAUCAGCAAAUGCUGGGUACCUUAAUGACCAAAGCCAUGACAAGAGCCCUCUUGCUUUCUUACCAAAAGGGUUUGUAGAGAGGGCCAAAGGGCAGGGUCUGAUGGUGCCUUGGGCCAAAGGGCAGGGUCUGAUGGUGCCUUCUUGGGCACCACAAGCCCAAGUGCUUAGCCACAGCUCCACUGGUGGGUUCUAAUUAAGUCACUGUGGUUGGAAUUUGACCCUGGAAAGUAUCAUGCAAGCAAUACCAUUUAUUACAUGGCCGUUUUUUGCAGAACAAAAAAUGAAUGCAGUAUUAUUAGGUGAGGAUCUAAAAGUGGCGUUGAGACCUAAAGCUAACGAGAAAGGUUUAGUAGACCGAGAGGAAAUUGCAAAAGUCGUAAAGGAUCUUAUGGUCGGAGAAGGAGGCAAGAAAGUUCAUAAGCAUAUAAAAGACUUAAAGAUUGCUGCUGAGAAAGCACUAAGUGUAGAUGGGUCUUCUACUAGGGCACUCUCUGCAUUAGCAUCCCAAUGGAAAAAUCAACCUUCCUUUUAG